UUGAAAACUUUAUACUAGAAUUCGUAACGUGUCCAACACACAUACCGCCACACAACAGACGUGUGUAGUGUGUGGGGGGACCGGUGUGAGAUAAAGAUGUGUGAGGUGCUGUAACUGAGAAUAUCAGUUAUCUGUUUCAUUAAGGGGAAAUAAUUCUUGUGUGACUUUUUUCCUCCUUACUUGGAUACUUGGUGAUAGUGGUGUUGCGUCUGAUACCAAUAGUUAACUUAUUUUUUAAACAAAUUUUGGCCUACUUCGGUGUUUGUUAAAAAUAAAACAGAAAAAAAUCUCCUUUAAAUAGUGAAAUAAAAUACAUAGUUUAAUACUAUAUUGAGUGACACUUAACAAUUGGAAACAUUGAUUUGUUAUUAGUUUUAUUUUCAAUCGGUGAAAAAAAAAUCAGUUGAGUAUUAAAGCAAAACAAUGGAUUACCGGAUAAUGAGUGUUCUAAUAAUUGGUGUAAUUACUUACAUGCCGGUAAUUACGGACGAACAGCAGGUGGACGGUGAAGCUGCAGGCAGUGACGUCACCACCAACUUUGUGCGCGUGCGCGAGGCCCCGGAUGUGCUCGCACCGGGCCGGCGGGUCAAGGUCGAGUACCAGUGCGAGGAGGACGGGGUGGUGGUGGUGGACCUGACGGUCAUGCUGCAGGAAUCGGACAAGUACAGGACGGUGUUUAGUCGGGCGUGGAGGUGUAAAGGUCAAGGUCUUGACGGUAAACCCAGGACCAAGUCGAUUUACCUGAGACCGCCAGAAUGUCUCUUGUACCGGCCAGAUUUUUUCAACCAGCGGGAGCCAGUUUGGAUCGUCACGUGGUCGAAGCUCCGAGCCUGGCUGUAUGACGUCACCACCUGGACACGACACAGCGAGGGCGAGAACGCCGUCAACGUGAAAAGCCGAGACUUCCACAAAAUUCAAAUCCUCCCGCCAUAUUCCCGUCCGUUUAAAAGACCCAAGUGCAGCAUCUGGAUAUGGCCUUUGCUCCAGAAACUGUAUCCAUUUUCUGAUUCACAGACUUGUAGGGCUGAAAAAGAGUUUGUUACCCUACUUGACUACCCGGCUGUAUUUAACGGCUACGCCUACAGUUUUAUCCGAAGUUUUGACCCGUUUAAAGACCCAGGUCUAGAGAGAGACAGGCGGCAAAAACUGUACUCUCCUCAGCUUACCAUUGAGAUGUGGGUCUACAUACUGGACUACUGUCCCAUGCAUUACCUCAGCCCUGCUAAUGCCUGUGGUCUGUUUCUUCACAUGGACAGGCAAGGGAAUUUGUUGACGCCUGCCAUUCUAAUUAACAAAGAUGGAAACAUCCAGAUUGACGUAAAAAGUAGCAGUGGCUACAUAGCUAUGAAGUCUACGGACAUCGUGCCUAGAAAUAUCUGGACGCGAAUUGUGUUUACUAUGUACUACAGAACGUGGAUCCUGCACGUGAACUAUGGGCACGGUCUAAAAGAUGGUUUCUGGACCUCACAUACGUACAAUGAAGAUAUGUAUGUUGAUGACACAGAGGGAUUAUUGUCCAUUGGUGGAAUAGACUGGACAAUGGGCAGUUUUGUUGGUUAUUAUGGUAGAGUUACCUACCAUAGACAGCGAGUGCUUGCCAUCCACCAGCUGUCUCUGCCCGACCCCUACCACCCCAUGUUUGAGCUGCAGCUGUCCAGGAGGAAGGAGAAGUGCCAGAACUUUCUGGGCUGGAUGGACUCGGCUGUUGACGUGUAUCAGAGAUAUAGCAGAUAUGUGAUAGGCCAGAGGACAGAUUCCUGUCCGUAUGAAACCCAGACAUUUUUCUCCAAAUACCGAACCCAACCCGAGGACGUCACCACCUGCCCAGCGCGCCACCCCUUCAACCUGCGCAACCACCGUCACGUGAGCCGCCUGCUACGUCGGGUUGUGUCAACCCACAGCCUGUCAACCAACUUCCUGCACGGCGGGUUGGAAGCUUACUCGAGGAACUUCAAGACAGAGGACUCAAAGAACGCCUUCCACGACAUUUCUGUUGGUCUGAUUGAUGAGGCCACUAGCAUUGUUAGCGAGAAAGGCCUGAGAAACGCCAGCCGAGUCGUUCACCUGUUGAGACAGGCGGCCUGCCUGGGGAACGAUGACGCCAUGUUCUCCCUGGCCGUCCUGCUCAACAAUGGCGUGGGCGUGGCUGCGGAUGAGCUACAGAGUUUGGCCUUUUUCAUGCUGGGUACGCUAAACCGACAUGUGUUCUCCAUCAUGGCGCUGGCUCACAGGCAUACGAUGGGCAUUGACGGGGCACCAGUGGACCUGGACGUGGCAUACAUGUAUUUUAAGCAGGUAGCAGACAGGACAAGAACAGAUAAAGAGGAACAUAAAGAUUCUGGGAUCGCCACAGAGAGCAUCCGGCUGAUCGAUGAAGCCCAGAUAGCCGGCAUGACCAGCGAGGUGGGGGAUUUCUUCUUGUGGCUCAAGAACCAGGCGGAGAAGGGCGUGGCCACAGCACAGUCAGAACUUGGCGCCCUGCUGUACCACGGUGCCAGAGGACUGAAGAGGAACCUACAGACGGCUGUCAACAUCUUCAGGGAAGGGGCGGAGUCGGGGAACGUUGACGCCAUGUUCAACUACGGCCUCAUGCAGUACAGGGGACUAGGAACUCAAGCCAACAAAACUGAAGGCAGGAUAAUGAUGCAGAAGGCAGCUGAAAUGAAAAAUCCCGAUGCCGUCUCUGCCCUCGGCUGGCUCGCUAUGGAGGAAGACAAGAACUACACGGAGGCCUUCAGGCUGUUCCAGAUUGCCAAAACUCUAGGCCACAGGGACAGUGGCUACUACCUGGGCUACAUGUACCACUUUGGUCUGGUGCCAGGCUCACCUGUCAAUCUGGACCAGGCUAUGGAGCAGUACUUAUGGUCAGCUAGACUGAAUCAAAUCGAUGCGGGAGACAACUACGCCUUUCUUUUGUCGCGAGGGACGCCAAAGUAUCCAAGGAACAGUCGGUCAGCCGGCGAAUGGGCCAGGUUUAUCGCUGAGAAAAAUGGCAAUCUGGCCAAACCACUCCGCAAUGCCAUCAACGCUUACAGAGAUGAAAACUAUGAUUUGGCCUUGUAUUUGUACAUGCAGCUGGCCGAUACUGGUCUAGAGGUUGCCAGUUUUAACUUGGCAUAUUUGUGUGAACAAAACAAGGGUGGCGUAACGGCAUUUAUAUCAAAGGAAUGUGAGUUUAGGCAUUACAACAUGACUGUACAGAGGGAGUUUCAGUUUGUUGAUGCUUACUCUUACUUGAAGAUGGGAGACUACUUGUGGUACGGCUGCAAGCAAAAAUCAAGAGACCUGGAUGAAGCGGCGAUGAAUUACUGUAGGGCGGCCAUGAAAGGAAACCCGCAGGCCUUAUUUAACUUAGCCUACAUGGUGGAGGAGGGUGUCCCUGUCAACAUAGGGUGUUGGAUGUUGCUGAGGAUCACCAACACCAUUUACAAGAACCGGGUUUCUCUACUGCUGGAACUGUAUGCCAGAUGCAGGGAAUCUAGACAGAGUGAAGCCUUCAUGCCGUGCUGCUUAGCUUGGUUCCGUGUAUGGUUCGUUGAUGUCUGGGAAACACAUGAGUUGUACAUAAAGAUUACGUCAUUCCUGACCAUUUUGUUGACCUUCAUCGUGUCCACCUACCUGGUGUACUGUAAGCUGACGGAGCGACAAGAGAGGCUGAGGGAGGAGACACAGAAACUUGAAGAGGAGGAAGAGGAGAGGAGGAUACUCGAUGAGGCUCAAGUGAUCUAAUCGCCGCAGAAAAUCUCAGUAUUUUAGCGCUAUUGUGUCUGGCGUUUGAUGUUGACAAACGGAAUAAUUCAUUGCUCGCAUAUAGGCUUAAUUUUCUUACGUUUCUCUUAUAUAGAACACACGAGGGCCAAGGUCUAAAAAUUUGAAUGAUCACAAAGUACUGGUUUUUGUUGAUUUUUAUGUAUUAUUUAAAUGUAAUUGAAUUAAAUUUUUUGUAAUAAUUAUUAAAUGACC